AUGGCACAAGGAGGAUCGAAGAGUAUCAAAAGCAAAUCGCAAUCUGGCGGAUCGGCCAGGAAGAAGGCAGGAAAGACUAGACCUGGAAAAAGGGAUGUCGCUCCAAAGGAUAAACAUAGGAUCGCAGAGAGGGUACAGAAGAAACAACUUUCAAGUAAGAUUAACAAUAAUAUAGAGAAACAAAUGGUCAAUGCUGCUUCGGCGGGUAAAUUGACGAUCAUGAGGAACUCUGGUGAUCUAGAAGCUGGUGCAGGCAAAGAUCAAGGCAAAGGUAAAGGCAAAGCUUAG